AUGAAGUCCGUUUCCGUCCUGGCCAUGGCCUCUGUUGCCACUGCUGCUGUCGUCACCCCCAUCUCUUCAGCUGCCACCACCCCAGCUGCCAUGACCACCAAGACCAUCUACGACACCCAGACUCACACCGUCACCUCCUGCGCUCCCACCGUCACCAACUGCCCAGCCGGACCUCACGUGACCGUUGUGACCGUCCCCGUCACCACCACCGUCUGCCCCGUCACCCAGGAGUUCUCCGUCUCGACCGUCUACCAGACCCAGACCUACGUCGUGACCAAGUGCCCUCCCACCGUCACCAACUGCCCCGUCGGCAAGACCACCACCGAGGUCAAGCCCACCGUGACCGUCUGCCCCGUCACCUCUGCUCCCUCCGGCCCCAAGAGCUCCAACGCUCCCGUCGUCCCCGGCCCCGGCGGUUCCAACAGCACCUCUGGCGUUGCUAAGCCCACUGGCGGCAACCCUGGCAGCAACCCUACCUCCAGCGCUGGCGGUUCCAAGCCUACCUCGCCCUCGGGCCCCAUCAGCAUGGGAACCACCGCCUCACUCUCCAGCUUCCUCGCUGCCGCUGGUGUCGCCGCCGCCCUCUUCCAGCUCUGCUAA